AUUUCUUGUAUCGUUUCGUCAUUCCGAUUCGAGAACGGAUCGUGUGAAUACGCGUUUUGUUUUAUAUCGUUGUUCAAAACGAUUUUUAUACACAUAUAGAGCUUUAUAUUUUCCUGUUUAGUUGAUUGAAGAAAAUUAAGAGAACCACGGGACAAGAACCGUGACUUCGCGAGUUGUCGCAGUCUGAAAAGAAUUUCCCGGUAGAUUUUUUUUUUUUGUUCCGUUGAGUCUUGUGUUUCCGUUCAGGUGCAACUAGAAUCUAACCCAACCAAGUGACCAAAACUCGUCCAAAACAGAACGGACCGAAGAAUAGAAUCAGUGGUUUCCAUCACCGUUUUUUGCAAAUACAGAAAGCUACAAAGAGUCUACCUCAGAAGAUUUAACCAGAAUAAAAAACAGUGUUUUUACCAAGCAAAACCAAAUUCUCGUAAUCAAUACCCCUCAGAUGUUGUGGAAGAAAAUCGAAUUUUCCCCGCGCUCUUGACAACUCCGGGUGUUCUCGGUAUCAUAUGACUCUGUUGAAGCGGCUUGUUGAAGUGAAAGACAGACAUCGGGCAGACGUUGAGCUGCCAGCCGACUCGUCUCAUCCCAGUGGGGUAUCGGGCGUCGUCGUGGAGGUGGGACUCUCAAGAACACAGUGAAAAGUGAAAUUUUCCUCCGCAGAGUUGGCAAGAGCACGCAGACACAGAGACAUAAGCGCGAGAGCCGAACAAAAGUGAAAAGGACGACGGUCGGAUUCUGUCGGUCGUCCCCAAUCGCGGGUUGGUUGGUCCCGAACCCGCCGCCGAACCCAAGUUGAAAGUGAAAACUCUGGAAAAUCGGGCGGACGGGCGUGAAGCCUUUGGCAGUCGGUGUGCACAAGUGAAUCCGAGCUCCGUCGCCGAAGGACGGCCGUGAAAAUAAUAUCAAGUGUGAGGCAAGAAAAAAAAAACAACCAAAAGUGUAAAAGGAUUAUUGUGAUCCUGUUUGACGGGCUUUGGGGUACGGAGCCGAACGGCCUAUUUUUGGGGCGGCCGUGUGUGCGUGUGCGACCGAACGAAUGUUUUGGGUGGCCGCCGGUAAUACCGGAAGAACGGUGAAAAAAUUAUGAUGAAUGGACACUCUUUCCGGUCCGCAAGUGAAGCAGCAAAAAGUGUGUCUCCGUGACUCAGGGAUUGUGGCAACAGUAGCUAGCAGUAAUCCACGGAACCAGAAAGUGCUGCCGCAGCUCCGACUCGUCAAUACAAUAAUUACUAAACGUGCUAACGAGGCGCAACCAGAAAGGUGUGAACGCGCGACCGCUAGCAAAUGAAGCAAAGUGGUGCCCACAAAAAUGCUCCACUUAAUUACAAGUUUAUCGACUUGACAUAAUAAAGAACAACAUCGGACUAUAAUUACAGUUAUAUAGGAAAAUGAACACCGCAUUAAUAAUCGACCCCCUAGAAUCAUUAUCUCUAGCCAAUAGUGUUUGUAGUUAAGCAAGAAGAAUGUUGUAGCCAAUUAUUAAAGAGCCUCUACUAGUGAAAAUUUAUCUCUAUCUGUUGAAACACAAAAUAAUUUGUUGAAAACAAUAGUGCAAAGUGUCAGUUCAAAAACACAAACCAGAAAAACAGACCUAUUUACAAAAAAAAAAAACAUAAAGUCCAAUAGAACAGAUCAAACAGUGAACCUCCAGUGCUGCCAUCUGCAAUGAUGAUGCUGCAGCACAUGUCACCCCACUUCGGGGGUGGCCAACAAACGACCGCAGAUCAUGGGCCUGGUUCUUCGCCGCGAUCAACCACUCCUUCACCGCCUGCGCAGAGUCCUUCACCAUCUCCGCCGAUCCAUCAGACUCACCUUCCCGUUGAACGAGAAUAUCCCAUCGAAGAGCAGCCAUCCCGAAUCAUGUUCCGCCGUUCAUCUUUCCACGAAGAUCUGCCACACUACAAACGAGAACCCCGUUCUCGACCAAGCACUCCGCCAGCAACCUACAUCGGACAUCACGUACGGGAAGCCUCGCCCGAAGUCCCAGAUUCCUACUACCGACCUCGUUCGCAAACACCUCCGGUCACUCCUACGCAUCAACAUCACCGAAUCACGUCAGUAAUCCAGGAACGAAACAUUAUCCGAUGCAUCAAAGAAGAACAUCCGCUACGCCGUGGAUCGAUCGAAGACGAUCAACAGGUGGCUUCUCAGUAUUACCGCGAUCACCACGCUCUACGCUACCAGCCCCAUCACGGAGGCGAACCGGAUGAAGACGAAUACGAUCGGGAACGGCACUACCACCGCCGGCCGCAAUACGAUGACGAAGCUCCCAAAGAGGACCGUCACCAUCACUACAGCAGUAGCUACCACAGGCGGCGGCUCUUGAAACGCCGUGACAGCCUACAUAACGAUCCCGACUCGGACUACAGCGACAGCCAGGCUGGGGGCGAUACAGACCACUAUCCCAAGUCCGAGGAGGAAGACGGCGGCCGAGAUGACCCGGACAGGCCGCUGGAUCUGUCGAUGAAGAUCCAGCAGCGAGAACGAAAGGACUCUGGCGGCAGCGAUUCGGACGAUUCGGCGGGACUCGACUCCGAUGGAGUGCCCCGCGACCGACAAGGGCGGCCCUACAAGAAAAGUCUGAUGAAGCGAUACUUGGAUACGGAGAUACCCCUACCGCCUCAGACGCCAAGCCCGCCACCUCAGCAACGAUCUUCGUCACAAUCCCACAGUCUCCUUCAUCACGGCAGCAGUCAUCACCAGCAAACGUCCAGCAGUCUGCUCGCCAGUAGUCUCAGCCAAUCAUCCCAACAGUACAGGCCGCUCCUGCAUGGACUACUCAGCGGAACGCACAUAUCUCAGGCGCCCUACCACAGCCGGGGCUACAGCACGUCCAGCACAGGCUCACUACCUCCAAGUCCCGCCGACAGUGGUGUUUCGGAUGUCGACAGCUCCAGCAGUGGCGGGCAACCAGCUUGCAGUGAUGAACUGAAAGCCCGCCUUGGAAUUCCACUCACAAACGGGGGCGGUGCGGGCAGCGGUAGCAGCAGUAACAAUCCCGCCAACUCCGGAUGCAGUACAGUGUUACCACCGGGAAGUGCGGGCGGCGAUGGCGGACUUCCAUCGCUCAAUAGCUCGUCCUCACCUACUUCCUGUCCCACGUCCCUGUCCUCAUCGGUAGCUCUCUCGGCGGCAGCAGCAGCAGCGGCCGCUACCCAGCAACAUCUACAGCAGCAAGCACAAGCCCAUUUACCGCCAGGGACGUUCCUGCGGCCCAACUUCUACCAUCACAACUCUCCGCCACUCAGGAAUAUCUGGAACCAGCGGAGUGUGCCACUUACCGACAACUAUCACUACCUGCACUCGAUGAAUGCGGCGGCGGCGGCCGGUUAUCCAUCGUCCCACUUUCCCUCGGCAGCCCCGUCGCAACGGGUACAGCAACUGUCCGCCGGUGCCGGAAACGGAGGCCUAAGCGUCAUGAGCCAACAUCACCUGCAUGCCCAUCAUCCCCACCCGGGUCAGCAUCCGGGGGCGCACGUGGGGAACGGAUCCUCCAUUGGCGCCAUGGCCAAUGGUCUGGUGAACGGACUACACCACCACUCGCAGAGCGUGUCCUCCAGCUGUCCCGAUGAGUUGUCCUACAUGCUCGAGCUGGGCGGAUUCCCUCCGAGGAAGCUGAAGAAACCCAAGAAGCCCAAACUGGAGAUGGGCGUCAAGCGCAAAUCUCGCGAGGGCUCCACCACCUAUCUGUGGGAAUUCCUGCUCAAGCUGCUCCAGGACCGCGAGUACUGCCCUCGGUUCAUCAAGUGGACCAACCGGGAGAAGGGCGUGUUCAAGCUGGUCGACUCCAAAGCCGUCUCCAAGCUGUGGGGCAUGCACAAGAACAAACCGGACAUGAACUACGAAACGAUGGGCCGAGCACUGCGGUAUUACUACCAGCGGGGCAUCCUGGCCAAGGUCGACGGCCAACUUGGUGUACCAGUUUGUCGACGUACCGAAGGAUAUUAUCGAGAUCGAUUGCUCGGCCACAUAGAACAGGUACGAGAAGCGACCGGUGGUGGCGGUGAAAGCGUUACCACCGUUGGCCCGGUCGUUUCUGGAACGAUAAGUAAGCAAACACACACACACACAAUGACACUAGUCCGGUUUCCGACUGUUCCCUACCCCGGGCAACAGUCCUCCCCAUUGCGGUCUACUUCUGUAUAAACGACGAUAAAGCAUGGGAAAAUCUACUACUUCCCGCAAGUUUUACGUCUUACUUCGCUCCCGUGUACAUAUGUAAGGAUCUUCUCGGUUUUUAUUGCGAUAUUUAUUUUUAACAAACGAUCUUCUUUAUUUAAGUGUAAACAUUCUGUAUGUAUCAUAUUAGACGGUAACGUGUGUAUAAAGUUAUUUUUGCCCCCUCUUUUGUAAAUUAUAAUUUAUUUAAGUUAUGAAACACGAUCAAACAAAAUGAGAAUCAGAAUCAUCCCCGGCAGAAGCAAGGCAAGGGAAGUACUAGACUAGGACACGGAAAAAGGUUUGAAAUCGCAGAAAAAAUAAAAGACAAUAAGAGAAAAUGAGAAAUAGCUAUAAAGAAAAAAGGACCACCUUCCGCUUUGUUUUGUUUUUUUUAACGAUUGAUGUUUUUUGUUUUAUUAUGAGAAAAUAGUUGAAAAUUCGUUUCGGUUCGCAAACGCUCGCUUCACCCGAAGGCAACAAGAGAGAAGUACAAAUCAAACACAAACAAAUCAAAUAUCAGUUAUACACAUACAGGCAAAAAAAAAGUGUUGCAAAAUAACCAUCAACCUCGCGCUGGCAGUACUAGAUCGCUAGAAAACGGAAAGCGACUCCUAACCGGAAAUCACAGCGAUUCUCUCCUCCCCGUCCAGUGCUGUGGACGAGAAUCUAGUACCUCAGUAGUGAGUGAUAGUUUUUGUGUGCGUGUAAUAUCUAUUAGCGAGAGUACAUAUGUAAAUGGUUAAAGCGAGAUAGUUUUUAAUUAGUUUUUUUUUAUUAUUAUUUAAGUGGAACAUAUUUCCCGGUUAGGCUAAGGACAGGACGCAGCAACUGUACUACUGAGGAUGUAAAUUUCCAUGUAAAUUGUUUGUAAUAAAUUUUAAGAGUUAGGUUUUAGGUUAUGUUUUAGCUGCUACAUGCAAUCAGCUGUAUAAUCAAGUGUAAAAAUUUAUCUUAUUUUUAAGCAAAAGUAUUUCGUGUUAUUUAAGAGGUUCGCUUUCUUUCGUAAACCUUUUUUUCUCUAUUGUUAGACGGUAAAAUGCUAUUUUAUUUCUCUUUUUAAAACUAAACUACCUACUUUUUUAUUAGAAACGAGAACAACUCACUGCCCUUCCCGUGUCGUAAGUGCUGUUUUAGUUUUACUGAUUUGUGUUUUCAAUACUUUUACCGCGUAAGCCUUCGUUCUUAUAUAUAAAGUGUAAGGAAGAGGAAUGUUUGUCCAAUCGACAAGGUGAUAUAAAGAAAAACGGAAAAUCAAAAAGAGCUAGGAAAGAAGCAGAAUCGUACCGCGAAUCAAGACACUCAUACAAACGCGAAACACACACAAACACUCUCACAGUACAGAACAACAACACAAAAUCGACAAGAAUUUUGAAAGAGAAUAAACGAAGUUUCUUUAAAAUCUUGAUCUCAUUAAUUUAUUGUUUAUUGAUGCAAGCAAAAUCUAUUUUUGAAACGGAAAAUUUUAUGGUUUUCUCCCACAAGUGUAAAUAUGCUUGGAAAUUGAGUUUUUAAUAUGAUUUUUACAUUGUUUACGUGUUACCUAAUGUGAUCCAAGGGAUUGGAUAAAUUUACUGGCGGAACCCAUACAAAAGGAAGUACCAGAUUCGCUUGAAUGUCUCAUGUAAUCAACAUUGAUGCCUAUCAAUCCGUCAGACACUGCCACCUAUACGUCAACAU